CGGUCCCAGCCCACCCCGCGCCCGCGCUUCGCCUCCCCUCCCCCCCGCGGCACGCUGCGUGGCUGCUCGUUGGCUCCUUAGGACGGAAGCUCGGUUAGUGUUUCUCCAGAAGUUUCCCCCUUGGGCGGCGGCGGACUGGUAACCUCGGUAGGAGCGGCUUCAGCAGCGGUAACAGUGACCAGGAGGGAUGGCGGCGGCUGCAGCGGGACCUGCAACGGCCCAAAGGUUUUUCCGGAGCUUCUCAGAUGCUCUGAUCGAAGAGGACCCCCAGGCGGCGUUAGAGGAGCUGUCUAAGGCUUUGGAGCAGAAACCAGAUGAUGCACAGUAUUACUGUCAGAGAGCUUAUUGUCACAUUCUUCUUGGGAAUUACCGUGAUGCUGUUGCUGAUGCAAAGAAAUCUCUUGAACUUAAUCCAAAUGGUUCCACUGCGAUGCUUAGAAAGGGGAUAUGCGAAUACCAUGAAAAAAACUAUGCUGCUGCUCUAGAAACUUUUACAGAAGGACAGAAACUAGAUAGUGCAGAUACUGAUUUCAUUGUCUGGAUUAAAAGGUGUGAAGAAGCUCAGAAUGGAUCACAGUCUGAGGUGUCGGCAUCCCAGAGGACUCAUCAGUCAAAAAUCAAGUAUGACUGGUAUCAAACAGAGUCUCAAGUAAUCAUUACACUUAUGAUCAAGAAUGUUCAGAAGAAUGAUGUAAAUGUGGAAUUUUCAGAAAAAGAGUUGUCUGCUUUGGUGAAACUUCCUUCUGGAGAUGAUUACAAUUUGAAGCUGAGACUUCUUCAUCCCAUAAUACCAGAACAGAGCACAUUUAAAGUACUUUCAACAAAGAUCGAAAUUAAAAUGAAAAAGCCAGAAGCUGUGAGAUGGGAAAAGCUGGAGGGGCAAGGAGAUGUGCCUAACCCCAAACAGUUCAUAGCAGAUGUAAAAAAUCUAUAUCCAUCAUCAUCUCAUUACACAAGAAAUUGGGAUAAAUUGGUUGGUGAGAUCAAAGAAGAAGAAAAGAAUGAGAAGUUGGAGGGAGAUGCAGCUUUAAACAAAUUAUUUCAGCAGAUCUAUUCAGAUGGUUCUGAUGAAGUGAAACGUGCCAUGAACAAAUCAUUUAUGGAGUCUGGUGGUACAGUUUUGAGUACCAACUGGUCUGAUGUAGGUAAAAGGAAAGUUGAAAUCAAUCCUCCUGAUGAUAUGGAAUGGAAAAAGUACUAAAUAAAUUAAUUUGCUAUCACUGUAUUGCAUAUAUUCA